AUGCAGUUGCACAUUGAGAAAGAUCCAUUCCUGAAAUAUCGGCCUUUUGCUGGUCAGACGGACAAUUUGUUGUUGCAGCAUUGGCAUGAAUUGGCUGCGACCGUGGUAUUUUACUCGGUGUUGAUGCUCGUAGCACCAAAAGUGAAUAAGAGGAUCUUUGGUGAUUACUACUCCAAGAUGCAAAACAAAAAGAGGAGGUUGGAUUUUGAUAUUCAUAUAGUUGCUAUGAUCCAAAGUCUAUUAGCCAUUGGCCUCUGCGUGCCAAUGUUUGCGCAUCCUCUGUUCAACACAGAUCCUAUCUUUGGUACCUAUGAUUUUGCAGGAUUUGCAGCCUCUCUGACAUGUGGAUACUUUGUGUGGGAUUUGGUUUACUGCUGUAUUUUUCAUUACGAUAUCUAUGGGUUUCAGUAUCUUUUCCAUGGAUUUGGUGCUUUAAUUGUCUUCACGUCGACAUUUGCAGGUUAUUGCCAGCCUCUUAUUCCGGCCUUUUUGAUCUACGAGUUGAGCACUCCGUUUGUCAACCUUCAUUGGUUCUACACUAGAGGUCCCAAAGGAUUGGUGAAUGAAAAGACUUUUUUGCUUAAUGGACUUCUCCUAAUGACCACCUUUUUCCUUUCUCGGUGUGUCUGGGGAAUUUACGUUUCUAUCAAGAUCUUUAGAUUGUGUAUGCAGUACAAAGAUAGAAUGCCAGUCCUAUUCAUUCCUGUGAUAUUCACUUUAAACAUAGGUUUCCACAUCUUGAAUCUCUACUGGUUUAGCAAGAUGGUUCUUUUGGCUACUAGACGUGUUGGAGUGGACGACAGGAAGAAAGAUUACUAG